GCGCGUUAGCGUCACCCGGUGACGUCAACUCGGUCCACUGUUCCCGCAGAAUUCGCGUUGCGAUCUUCCAGCCUUCUAGAAAGGCGACUUUUUCACGCGCUCUGAUUGGCCACAUCCAAGGUCGCGGUUUGGAGCAACCAUUUUGAGUUUGCCGUCGCACGAGCAUCAUGACGUUUACCUUCCGCCCGCUCACGCUCGCCGAGGCUCAAGCUGCCCACGCCAUCGAAGUCGCUUCGUACCCGGCGGACGAGGCCGCGUCGCUUGACCAGAUCCGCAAGCGCAUCCAGGAAGCUGGCGCGUACUUUGUCGGCGCCUAUAACGGCGACGCCAAACUCGUGGGCUUUGUCAACGGCACGCUCACGGCGCAUCGCGAGCUCGAGGAAGAGACCAUGUCGCGCCACGACCCGCGCGGGCAGUACCUCUGCAUCCACUCGGUGGUGACGGACCCGUCGAUCCGCCGCCAGGGCCUCGCGACCAAGCUCCUCAAGGCGUACGUCCGCCGCGUCCUGGACGAGCCGCAUGUGCUCGCGAUCCUCCUCAUCGCCAAGCCGUAUCUGGUGCACUUUUACAUCUCGUGCGGUUUUACCGUCACGCGCUUGUCGCCGGUCGUCCAUGGCAAGGACGCGUGGAUGGAGCUCGUGCUUGACUGCACGGCUGCGCGCCAGCUCGACGUUGUCGUCGUCGACGCCUUUGCGACGACGCCGUACGAAGGCAACCCCGCGGCCGUCGUCGUCAUGAGCUGCCGCCAGUUUGACGCACCGGGCGUCGACCACUGGAUGCAGCAAGUGGCCAUGGAGCGCAACUUGAGCGAAACCGCGUACGUGGCGCCGCUGAGCGAAGCACAUGUCGGGCAGAACGAGUACCGCCUGCGGUGGUUCACGCCAGGCGUCGAGAUCGACCUCUGCGGCCACGCGACGCUCGCGACCGCGCACGUGCUCUACGAAGAUGGCCACUGCGCCAAGUCGGACCCGAUUCGCUUCCACACCCGGAGUGGCGUCUUGACGACGCGCUACACGACGCUCGAGGACAAGACGACGCCGGCCAUCACGAUGGACUUUCCUGCGUCGGCCAAGACCGAACACGACGCUGCUUGGCGCGAGGCGACCAAGUCCGUUCUCCUCUCGGCGCUCCGCGUCUCGACCACCGACGUCCUCGCACUCGAGCAGUAUGGUCCGAGCUUCAUUUGCCAGCUGACGCCGGCGGCGUUCGAGUCUGUUGUGGUGGACUUUGGUCUCAUCGCAUCCCUCAAGUCGCACUCGGUCAUUAUCACGUGCAAGGCGCCGACCGACUCGGGCUUUGACUUCUUCAGCCGCUUCUUCGCGCCCAACUGCGGCGUCAACGAAGACCCGGUGUGCGGCAGCGCGCACUGCGCGCUGGUGCCGUUCUGGAACGACCACCUGCCGCAGACGCAGCAGACAUUUGUCGCCCGCCAAAAGAGCCAGCGCGGCGGCACGUUGCGACUCCGCAUCGAGGACGGACGCGUCUUCAUCACGGGCACGGCCGUCGUGACGCUGCGCGGCAAGAUGCUCGAGUAGGCAGCUGGUGCAACACUCUCCAUCAUCCCUUGCGAAUACAUUCGUAUCCUUUUGCGAUAGUACUACAGUGGUAUUGACAUGGCAGCAGACGCUAUCUCUGUGUCAUCUAGGCAGCGGGGUAGGGUUGCAUGCAGCUGUUCUAUCCGUGGUUCGACCAUCUCGUUGUUCAGUGGCCUUGUCGUCAUGAGCCCCGUUGGUGGCGGCUGGCACGAAGUUAUUGCUGCUUCAGGAGGCUCCGACAGAAAGACUCGAGAGCUUGCAGUCGAUGGGGUCGCGGGACGAUGCAGACAACGCAAAUAAGAGUGAGAGAUGCAUCGUUGUUUCAUCGUUUACUGCUUGUACUCGUUG